UCUCAGAGCACCUCGUCUUCUCCCCUAGGCUAAAACCCUAGCCCAGCGCAGCGACCUUCUAGAACAUUCCCUCCCAUGGCGCUGCUCCGAGCUCUCCGGCGAGCCCUCCCGCCGCUCGCCUCACCCGCGGCGUCUCUCCUCCGCCGCGCCCCGGCUCCUGCCCAACGCCCUCUCCGCCCUCUUCCGCUCCUGGAUCCGAUCGGGCCCCGGCCGUUCUCCGCCGCCGCCGCCGCGGCCGUCGCGCGGGCGCCGGAAAUGGGGGCCAGUCUCUUCAAGGGGCUCACGGAGACCAGGUUCCCCAAGCGGCGCCCGGGUUUCGAGUCCCGGCGGAAGAGGGCCAGCCUGCGCCCCAAAGGUCCGCAUUUCUGGGUGAUGUGCAAGCCAGGGGAGCCUAUCCCGUCCAGCCAGCCCAAUAAGGGCAGCCUGAAGGGGAGGAAUGAGAAGAAGCGGAUCAAGCAGCGCAAGGACUUCAUCAUGGCGGAAAAGAGGAAGCGCAAAGCACAGUAUUCUGUUGCUGUGAAGAGAAAGGAGGCAGAAAGGACCGAGAGGAAGAUGGCUGCAGUGGCAAGAGAACGGGCAUGGGUGGAGAGGUUGGCAGAGCUACAACAGAUAGAGGCAGAAAAGAAAGCUGCAACGGCUUAAGGAACCACUCCGGAACGGCAAGGAGUCUAACUCGUUCUGCUGCUGUGUUUUAUCCCUGUUUUACCAGAUAGCCUAAAUAUGUUCUAUGCAAUCAAGAAUAUCACAAUCCUUUUGGGUGGAACACUACCUGUACCACUUUUUUGAACAGAAAUCCCGAAAUGGUGGUUCUUGUUUUGAAAAGACUGUUUCUCAAAUUUUGUCUUUGUAAUGGAGUAUCUGUUCUGUGAUGUAUUGACAAUAAAUCAUAUGAUCUUGGUUGUCGGAUGGUGAUCAGAAAUGUUCAAUGCCUGCAACCUUUUGGAACA